GGUAGGCAUAGGCCUCCGCUCGUGUGGUCCAUCAUCCGAUUGCAAAAAGCAGCUGCAGGCUGAAUGUGCGCGUGUUGGUGCAUUGCACGUACUGUUUAGUGAUGAGUAGCGAGAGCCGCGAAAGAUAAAAAGUGAACGGUGUGAAUCAAAACAAACCAUUCGGUCGAGAGAUCGCUGUUCGUUCGGUUCGGUAACGGAGGCGAAGAUAUUCGUGUGUCGGCUUUGCUUGGCUGGGAUAAGAUUGUUGGCGACUGUCGGCAAAAUGCUAUAUGCUAGUGUUGUGAUAUAUCAUGACUCGAUGGCAUGGCUGUAAAAAUGUGCUUCAGUCGUGUGUGCUCUUUCCCAGUCAUUGGUAAUUUUCCUGUAACCGUCACACCACCAACAUCGUUCUUUAUGAUCUCGUUUACCAGUGUGAUUAUUUAGUACAGCUUGCCAGAAGAGGUUGUUUAAUUUCAGUGAAAAGAAGUGAGAAAAAUAUAACAAUAAGAAAGUCCGUAAAGUGCGCCGAAAGUGCUUCUGUUGGUCGUAAAGAAAAAAGUUAAACCUGUUUUGCCGUCCGCCGUGCAAAUAAGCCGUGUGCGUUGUGUCGCGGUUCUUGGUUAAUCGUUUUCGAUAACAUAAUGUCCCAGGAAGAAGAAGUGCUGCUUGACGACGGUGAUAACGGUAACGAUUCCAGUGACGUGCUGAUAGAUAGCACUGAUAAGUGUGACGUUUCGCCGGAGGUCAAUCCGUCCUUUGCUUGUUCUAACACGUUGACGAACACCAACGCGACGUCGGUGUCGAUGGAGCAGGAGCAGGAUGAAACCGGUUUGUUGACAAGCGCUGAACCACCGCCAGACAACCUCGACGGUACACCAGUGACCACCGUCUACGAACCCUGUGAUCCGUUAAUUAUUUUAAAUCUAUUUCAAUCACUUUCAUCGACGACCAAUUCGCUCGAGCUUCAAAUGAAGAUUAAUGUGCACCUCAAAACACUUACGAAAUCACCUUACGUGUUUCUGGUGCCAAUUUUGCACUCCAGUGAGGAAGGUCUCAUUCAAGUUAUCAACGAUAACAUUCUUGAUAAGGAAAUCCGAUUUUCGAUAAACUCUACACAUUUGAAGAAUGCGCCCCAACAUAAUGGGUAUCCUUUUGUAAUAGAUGAUAUUAACAAAGAUUUUUCGGAAGUUAUCGAAAUGGUAGUAGGCAACAAACACAAUACUCUAGUCUAUGACAUUAAGAGUCCUCGCGUCAGUAAACUUCAGACUCAGAUAUCAUCGACAUCGACUUGCUCGACGGCCUCGUUAUCGACGCGGUCGUCACUAGAUGGCAGUAAUAUACAGCAUCACCAACAAAACCACAACGGCAGUAACAGCAGUAACCGUUCCAGCCUGCAACAGCAACAGAUAGCCUUGUUCGUUUGCAUCGCCGGCGACAGUACUUCCCGAUCCAGAUAUCAGUUCUACAUCGAGGACACCUUCAGAUACGUGCUUGGACACCUGCUAACCGCCUUUGAGUUAUUCGAAGAAAAGCGAGUACGAUAUCAAUGCCAGAACUUGCUUCAGGUCGCCAGACGGCUCUUGGGUAAAAUAGGCGACCUAGGGCAACUGCUGCAAGGCGUCAUGACGGAAGCCAAAGAACUCACUGCCGCGGAACGUUGCUCGCUGUUUCUGCUGGAUAAACAUACGGGGGAGCUGGUGUCAAAAGUGUUUGAUGGGAAUGAGGCGUCCAAAGAAAUUCGAAUAGAAAGUGGCAAGGGCAUUGCAGGCUACGUCGCACAGACAGGAAAGCUGCUGAACAUACGGAACGCUUAUCAGCAUCCUCUGUUCUACAAAGGUGUUGACGAGUCAACAGGGUUCAAAACGCGGAAUAUUCUCUGCUUUCCCAUUUGUGACGAAGAAGGCGUCAUCGGAGUGGCACAACUUUGCAACAAGUUCAAUGGCUUUCACUUCGACAAGUGUGACGAAGAGGUAGCAACGGCAUUUUCCGUAUACUGCGGUAUCAGCAUCAUGCAUGCGCUCGUACAUAAGCAAGUGCAAAAGGCCGAAGCCCGCUACAAACUUUCCCAAGAGCUGCUUCUUUAUCAUAUGAAGGUACCGGAUACUGAAAUACAACACGUACUAGAUGGAGCAAAUGGACAGGAGACCGAUCAGUACACUCUCGAUUUUCCCAGAUUCGAAUUUUCUCCUCGCGAUGUGAAAGACUUUGCUCUGUCGGUGCAGCUAUCGAUGAGAAUGUUUUGUGAUCUCAAUUUCAUAACUACUUUUCAAAUUCACGAAGAUAAGCUAGCCAGAUUUAUUCUGAUGGUGCAGAAAGGCUAUCGGGAUACUCCGUAUCACAAUUGGUGGCAUGCCUUCUCGGUUGCUCAUUUUGCUUACGCACUAAUGACGAAUCUGCGGUUGAUUGAGCGAGGCAUCAUAACUAAAAUGCAAGGAUUUUCUUUUCUGAUUGCUGCCUUUUGUCAUGAUCUGGAUCAUCGAGGUACCACCAACACUUAUCAAACACAAUCCAGUAGUCCAUUGGCACGGUUGUACAGCAGCGAAGGAAGCGUCAACGAAAGACACCAUUUGUCUCAAGCUAUCUACAUUCUCAACGACUCGAGUAGUAAAAUUCUGGAUGGUCUCUCGACGGAGGAAUUCAAGGAAUGCAUAGAUUAUCUGAGGGAUCUAAUAUUGGCUACCGAUCUAGCUAAUCACUUUCGAAUGCUACCCCAUCUGAAAAAGUUGCGAUCAGACAACAUAUCGGAAAGCUCCAACCAAAGACUGCUACUGUCGCUGAUGAUUACAUGCUGUGAUCUCAGCGAUCAAAUCAAAUCAUGGCAAACGGUGCAGCAUGUCGCACACCUGGUGUAUGCGGAAUUUUUCGCCGAAGGUGACCUGGAAAGACAAAUGGGUCUGCGGCCGGAUACGAUGAUGGACCGCAAAAAGGCUUGCAUUCCGGUGCUACAAAUCGAGUUUCUCACCACCAUCAUUCGGCCGACCUUCGAAAUGCUUGUGCAAAUCUUCCCGGAAACAGAUUCCUUUCUAGCGACGAUUGAUAGCAACCGGGAACAUUGGGAGCACCAAAAAGAAAAUGCUUCCUGUUCCGGAGGUGCCGAAUGUUGUGAGUUCGAGAAAAAAAGUUGUACCAGUGUGUGUGACUAGGCGGUUUUUGGCAGAUUGUCCAUUAUUUGAUCAGUAUGACCAAUUCUGACAUAUAUCAAAGCUAGUGAUUAAUCUUAAAUGAAUGUUAGACAGAGGCCUAAGAUAUAGUGGAGGUUUUAUGUUUAAGUACUAGGUCGAAAUGAUUUUAGAAAUUAGGUUGAAAGGUCUAAAAUUUUAACGUUUGCUGGCGAACGCUUUAAUUUUCAAUAUCCCAAACAUAACUGGAUCCAUUCGGUAGAUCCUAGGCAUUCUAUAAACUAUCUAAGGUUAAUGAUUUUCCUGCACAUCACAAUCUUAAGCUUUAUUUUUUACUUUACUUACACAAUCAGCUUAAAUUGUCUACGAAGGAUGUUCGACAGCUUAAAUUAAUCUACGAAGGAUGUUCGAUAUGUUUUGAGGUAAAGAUAAACGAAAGCCAAAGGGUUAUUUUUUGCAAUUUCUUCGUUUCUUUUUCGGCUGUUUAUGUUGAAUUAUGAAUGCCAUCUAUCGGUUCAACAUAAAUUGCUGAACAGACACUGUUAAGUCGAAGGCGAAACGAACAAAUUGAAAAUAGUUAUGUGCACUUAGCACAAAAACGGUACCCUUGCGGUACCAAAUCCCCUUGAAGGGGUGAGGAGAGUGUAUUUUAGAGCGUUUUAGAUGGCUAUAUUCACGCUUCAAAUCUGAUUUUCUCAGAAACGGCGACGAAUAUAAAAAAAAACCCAACUGACAAUCUCUUAGAAAAUUAGUUCAGACUAUUCUUUAAAAAUUUCAGAAUGAUUCAUUAACUUUAGCGGUCGGAAAAGUUUUUUUUCUAAAGGAAGAAUUGCAUAGCUGAAAACGCCGUCUUUCAACUUGUUCAUUGAAUAUCUCGCCUUCAAAAGCAUGGAUCAAAAAUCUAUCCUGAUAAUGUCUAGACAAUUUAAUUCAGAUGCGAUUAGUGCAUAAAAACAUUUAUGUUGUCGCGAUAAAAAUGAAGUGAAUGUUAUUUUUGUGAAGGUAAGUCGAUUUUUAUAGAAGCCCCAGUUUUUCUGCUCUUAUUUCUUAGUAACGUAACGAAACAUGAGAGAGAUAUAAAAUCGAGUCAGAAAGGCUGCCAAACAAGCGGUAGCUUUAUUGGAUUUUAUGUGAUGUAGUCAAAAUUUGUAACUACAAAUAUCAAAACAUUCUUGGCUACCCGGCCACAUCGAGAGUCAUUUUGCACAUUUGCGAGAGAGCAUGGAGAGAAAUGUAAUACGCACAGUCUUGUGAUUGGCUAAUGCUAGCUGACAAUUAUUCAAUUUUCUAGUAAUUUGGAAAUUCCACACCAAAAAAAGCUCGUAACAGGUAACACCACGCUGAUUCGACCAGACGUAGAACAUUGUCUUCACCUUUUUGGGUUUUUGUGUUUAGACAUAUGCUUUAACUUUUGAGCUCAAUUUUGUACUUAUCGCUACUAACGAGCCACAGACGAAGAGAAAAAAGAUAAAAAUUAAUGAAACAGCAAAAAAUUAUCACCCAGAGGAAGUACUUGAACCUUUACUCUUCUCCUUACCAUCGUCAUGGUAAGGAGAAGAGUAAAGAGUCUACCAACUACGCUACUCUAGAACAUAGAUAGAUCACACACAGGCCGAGUGAGAUUCAACUACUGUCUUAGCUGCUGUCUGACCUCUUUUCGAACAGGGAACCUGUCACCUGAGCGAUUAUGCUCUGAAGUAACCCUUCCUUACACACCUUUUCAGAAGCAUUUCACAAAUAGUUUUCCAGUUCUGUCUUUUCCCAUGACUCUCAAGUGGUCAAACAUUGAAGGCCUCAGCCAAUAGUUUUUAAAUUUACGUGUCAUUUUUGUCCAAUAAUGCCUGUAAUUCGCAAUGUGUUAUAAACAGGUGGGGCAGAGCACAUGGCUUGCUUGCGUUGGUGAUCAAAAAUUUGUAAAUAAUUCGGUAUGACGACAUAUCAGGUGUACAACUUUGCUUCCGACGUUUUCCGAUAAGUGGCUGUACCGGCUGAGGCUGGUUAAAAUACAUAGAUGAUAAUGCCUUUAAAGUGAGUGCCUAACGAAUUGUCAUCGCCGUUUCAGUGACAGCUGUUCUUGUUUUCGUAUUAUUCACGCUCGAAAAUGUCUGUUUAUGUUCCCAAUUCUCGCCAUUUGCGGGAAGUUUUACUUUUCUGUUACAAUUCGAAAAAAAUGCAACUGAAGCGCAUCGAAUGCUCUCAGAAACUUACGGUGAUGCUGCUCUGAGUAAAAGAACGUGUCAGGAGUGGUUUCAACGUUUGAAAAAUGGUGAUUUCGAUGUCGAAGACAAACAUGAUGGUGGAAGAGAAAAAGGCUUCAAAGAUGAAUAACAAUUUACUACGAGCUCUUAAAACCGGGUGAAACCAUCACAGGAGAUCGCUACCGAACGCAACUGAUGCGCCUUAGUCACGCGCUAAAAAAAAGCGGCCACAGUAUCAAGAGCGACAUGGCAAAGUCAUCCUCCAACACGACAAUGCUCGGCCUCACGUCGCAAAAGUGGUCAAAAAGUACCUGGAAACGUCUUGCCCCACACGCCUUCUCGUUACUUACCUUACCAGGCAGCUAUAAUCCUGGGGUGUUGGUUGCUGUAUCAAGCAUAAGUCUCCACAUAACUCGGCCAAUGGCCACUCAAGGCACGAAUGCUUUAUAGGUCGCCCUCCACUUGAUCGAUCCAUCUGCGCUCCUCUUCUUCUUGUCCUAGCCGGAUCAGAUCAAGAACUAUUUUCACUGGACUGUUGUCCGAUAUCCUAAUGACAUGCCCAGCCCAUUGAAGUCGUCCGAUUUUAGGUGUCCGUACAAUGGGUGGUUUUCGUAGCAGCUGUUGCAAUUCGUGAUUCAUACGCCGUUCUCACGUUUCAUUAAUAGAUGGUUCGCCGCACUUUUCUUCCGAAAACACUAAGGGGCUGUCCAUAAAAGACGUCACGCCGCAAGGGGGAGGGGGGUGUUUCAUAAAACGUGACCUUUUGUGACAGGGGGAAGGGGGGGAGGUUUUUGGAAUGUGACGUCCAAUAUUUUCAAUGAGCGCAUUUUUUAAAUACCUAAUUAUAUUACUGCUUUGCCCUAUUUCCUGAAAAAAUCUCCACAAUAAACGUUUACAUUCUAAAGGAAAACGUGUAUUUGUUGAUGUAAAAGCUUCUUCUUGUAAAUUCGGAAAUGAAUGAUGCAGGGAAUCAUUUUUGUUGUGAUCAGCAAAAGUGCACGGAGGUGUGAGUAAAUUAGCGAAAUUAAUAAAUGUUGCCUAAUAUGAGUAAAAAAAAGAUGCCUUUAAACGGUUUAACUUAAGUUAUGCACUGACAGUUUCUUCAGUACUUUGAUUUUCUAGCAUUGAUAAUAGUAUAUCAUAAGAAUUUCUCAUAUCUGAUUCUGAUGCAGUUUAUUCAAUUGUAACUCCAUUUGAAAAAGGGCGGGAGAUCAAUGAUUUCAGACGUAGAUCGUGUCAUGUCUUAUCUUGAUCAUAUGUGAUUUUCCUCCACCAACAUCAAAGCUUAUCGAAUCAUCCAAUGAUUAAACUUACAUAAAUCAAGAAUCAUUUUAGCUCAAAAUCACUACCCAUUGUGUGACGGAAGAUCAGUACCGAUAUUGAUCAAUGUGAUUUUAAAUUCACUGAUUCAUGAAAAGAUUCUCCGGCAGUGAUCUUGUUUUGAUGAGGUUUUGGUCUUUAUUUUCUCAGCCCUGUAUGCUACACUAAGGAAAUAUUAUUCUUUACCUAAAACAAUAAUAUAUCUGUGUACCCCUAGGAGGAAUGAAACAUAUGAUUUAAAUGUUUCAUCAAUUCACUUUUGUUAAUUUAUAUAAUUGAUAAUAAUAAAAUAACUCCGAUGAUUUGGUGUUUUAGGGAUAUUUUUUAAUCUAAUGACAGCAUGUAAUAAAUCGAUUUUCUCCUCAUAUUUGUAUGGUUUGUCAUACAUAUUGAAAAUGUAUUGAGAUGAAUUUUAUUUAUUUUAAAUUCGUGACAUGUGACAUAGGGGGAGUGGGGGGUCUUUGCUUCUGUAACAAUUUGUGACAAAGGGGGGAUGGGGAAUCAAAAAUCGUCAAAAAAGCGUGACUUCUUUUAUGGACAGCCCCUAAGGGCGCGUUGGUCCUCUGCCAACAUGGUCUAGGUCUCGUACCACUCAUGUCAAUCCUCGAUCUUGAUCUGUGGUGUGCGGCCUCUGGGUGAGCGGUUCACCUUCCCUUAGGACUUCUGUGUUUCGUUUAUACAGUACUGCUGAUCACAAUCUACAUGGUGGCACUUUUUUCCACGGAAAACCGAAUUCUGUCUGUUCCGCGCCUGUUUGUAUCGUACCUCGUACGCUCUGGUGCGGUUUUGCAGCAUCCUCACCCUUGCUGCAUUCUUCUCUUUGAACUGUUAUUAUUGGUUUAUGAGUAUAAAUAAAUCAAUAAUGAUUUAUUAAUUUUAGUUCGUUUGACGUAAAGCCGACAUAACUAAGUUCAGUUUUUGCAAUGACUGAACGGAAAUGUCCAGCCAGCGACUGGAACCAUUAAAGAAGGUGACAAGCGAAUAUAAAUACACUCGAGAAGACUAGUGUUUGAUGGACAGAGAAGAUGUUUGGAUGUAAGGUAUCGGUCGAGUGACGGCCAGGAUGUAGACCAUGUUCGAUAUACGUUCUACCAUGUCUGACUGGUGUUUUAGAGUGUCUAUAACAAGAUUAAGAGUGGCGAAAUGGUAGCGCGUAUGUGCGGAAUACAUAAAAACGCAGGUUCGAGUCCUGUCUCUGAGCGUAUCUUUUUUCAAUAAAUCCUCUUUUCUGUUAGUUUUUCAUUCAUUUGGCUUCUCCAAUAUAUGUUUCCGUUCAGUCAUUGCAAAAACUGAAAUCAACAAUAAAAAUAAUAACAGUUUGAAGAGAAGAACAUAGCAAGGGCGAGGAUGCUUUAACCAAGUUACGGUCUUUCACCAGGUUACUUCGAACUGCCAGCAUUCAUCGUCAAAUCAGUCAUUCAUCCCUAUUCUGUACGUCGAUCGAUUCGAAAUAUUCCGAUCGAAUGUGCAAUUUCCAUUCUGCAUUCCGUUCGAGAUGGGUAUGAACUCGAAUAUCAUUCGUUCGAGUUGUUAAAUUUUCGAACAUUCGAACCUUAAAAAUUACUGUAGAAUCUUGAUGUUUCGUUUUUAUGUACCUUCAAUAUAUAAAGCAUUUUCUGUUUUCUCAAUUCAUUUAUUUUACAGGGCUCAAUAUAUGAAAUAGACUAGGCUAAUUUUAUAACCCAGUACAUUAAAAGCUUCUACAAAGUUUGUUACAUCAUCAACGAUGCCACUGUAAGGUAUUCUCUCAGACUUGUUGUGUACUAUGUUCGCACACUGAUCUAUCCUGAAAAUUCCGAUUAACUUACCUUUUCCUAGUUCAUACUGUCAAAGGAGUGACAGCUUCUCAAUGUCGUAUAUUUGUUAAUCACAAUGUCGAAGCAUGGUUCAGUAAUUAAUUUGUUUAACAAUAAAACACAAGCAAAGGGACAACGAAAUUCAGUUAACAAGUUUUGAUUUGUUUUUGUACAACAUUGAAUAUCACAUACUUGUAAUUACAAUUAAUUGCGUCUCCAGCAAAACUAUCUCAAUGGAGACGUUUGAUUUUUGUAAAAAUAUAAGUAUUGUUGUUAGUUCUCAUGAAUCACUGUCACCAGAAAUGAAAAUACCAAUAAUUCCAACGAUGAAUUUUGGUGUUAUUUUCUUAAAGCUUUUUAAUAUGCAAGAUCACGGAAUUUCAGUUGUAAAACUCCUCGGUGGCAUUAGCAGAGAUAUUCGGAGAGAGUAUGUACUACAAAUUAGUAUUAAAAAAAUGGUUAGGAUCUUGCAAAAUAACCAACCAUACAAUUCGAACCGUUGUAAACCAAUGAACCAAAAUUCGUUUAUAAAUUGUUGACAAUAAUAAGUGACUGUAAACCUAGGUGAUAUCCCACAAAUUUGGAAAUACUAAGGAAUACUAUGGUUUUGACAGAAAAUUUCAAUUCUUUCGGAAAAUGUUCUAAUUUCAAUUAAACCUAAUUACUACUUUUGGAAUACUCCGAUGGAUUCAGUUACAUAGUGUAAGCAUGUUUAUUAUUUUGUCGGUAGUAUAAUUUUUAAAUACAUUACAUUACUCAUAGCGAGUAGCACAAAAUAACAUAAAACUGGUACUAAUAAAAGUUUCUUAAUUCACUGGAGGUGUACGAAUCGUGUGUUUUUUCGUUCUCUUAGCAGGUCUACUCGAUGAACAAAUUAGAUAAUAAAUGGAUCAUAUUCAAUUAGUCUCUUCCAGCAGUAUACGUUUUAGCACGUGGACUACUUGUCAUAGUCUUAUAAAUCGAACAUCAACUAGCUCUAAGAUUAUCAUUAAUUUUACGAAUGAAAUAAAACUAAAUUGUGAAUUAGCAUAAAGUAGUACAAUGUAAAUGUACUUGAUUUUCUGUACGAAAGCAUUGAGUGUCCAUCUCGAAACAUAUACGAUAAGCGUAUAAGUAGAUCACUACUAGUCACUAGUAGAUGUAUUGGAAUAAUCACAAGAGAGCAGGAAAUAUAUGAAAAUCAGCCAAUGUAAUGCAUUA